CCCGGUGAAUGCUUCGAUGGAUAAGUUAAUGGGCGGACUUCCUGUCAGAUGUGUCUGUUAGGAAAGUACUGGACUAAUAUUUGGAGGGUCCUGAGUUCAAGACUGACAGCAGCUUCAAUUUUAUUUUAUUUUUCUCGCCAGUCAAUGUCAGCUAAAAACAGGUCUACAUUUAGACAUCUAAUAAUUAUCCCAGAUGUCAGAAAAAAGUUCACAUUUUGAGGUAGAUAUGGGAAAUAUUUAGCCUAGAUCUGUGUCAACCAUUCAGACAUUGUUUAACCCCUUUCCUGCUAUGAGGACACUGGUGUCCUUGCAUCCUUAAAAUUCAUGUAUCUAACAAUAAGACCUUAAAAUAUCUUAAAUUCAUUGAAAAUAUAUAAAUACAUUAAUCACAGGUCUUAAAUUUUGUUGUGACAAGACUAUUUACCUAUGUAUAUUUUAUGUGGAUUUCUUUUUUCUUUGAGAUGUUUGCAGACAUCUUCAUUGCCUUUUGUGACUCGAGGUGGCCACAGCUAUCAGUAACUAGCUGCUAAUAGCCUCUAAAGCUAGCUAGCUUUUUCAUCCAUCAUGGAUCACAAUGCCAUCGGCAAACAUCAUAGUCCAUGGAGAUUCCUGUCUAACCUCAUCUCUCAACCUGUCCAUCACCACAGCAAGCAGGAAAGGGCUCAGAGCUGAACCUUGGUGAAGUCCCACUUCCACCUUGAACUCCUCUGCCACUCCUACAGCACACCUCACCACAGUCUUACAGCUAUCAUACAUGUCCUUCCUCACUGUAACAUAUUUCUCUUGUUACUCCAGACUUCCUCAUGCAGUACCACAACUCUCUCCUCACCAAGUUAUUGGUGUAGAAGUCAAGUCCAAGUCUCUGAACACUUUUCUCCAGUCAAGUUGAAAGACUUAAUGUUAUUGACGUUAGGAGACAGAUCGGUGUCAGUCUUGUGAUUGGAUAGAUCGGUGUCAGUCCUGUGACUGGUGGCUUCCUGUCCAGCAGGAAGUUGUGAACAGAGUUUAAAAGCUGCUGCAGGACUGCAGACAUUCACAGGAAGCUGGACCGUCAAUGGCUCUGCUGAAGGUUCUGCUGCUGCUGGGGCUGGUGGACACACUGGAGACACUGUAUACUCUUCCACUGGCUCUGAAUGCUUUGAGUGUUGCAGUGACCUCAGUGUCUCUGCAGAAGAGAAUCAUUGGAGGUCAGACCUGUGGAGACGAUGAGCGACAGUAUCAUGUGUCUAUCUUUGUAUCUAAAAAAAAAGAGGUUUUUAUGUGUGGAGGAUCUCUGAUCAGUGAUCAGUGGGUUCUGACUGCGAGUCACUGCUGGACGUCAAAGCCAGGAUGGGUUAAUGAGGUACAUGUAGGAGUUCAUCCUAUAAGAGCUCCAAAGAAGACGUAUACAAUCACUCAACGUGAAAUUUAUAGAGACGGCAACGGUCGUGAACAUGACAUCAUGCUCCUGAAGCUGUCAGAAAAAACAACAAUCCGACCAAUCAAACUACCCGACUGUCCAGAUACUCUCCUACUCGGCACCAAGGUUCAGAUUGCAGGUCAUGGACCAACAAGACUUGGCUUUUUUAACAGAAGAAUCAUAAAUCUUUCAGAUGAUCUUCAGUGUGCAGAGUUAAAGAUUGAUAAAAAUGAAAAGAUGGAAGAGGCACUGUCAAGACUGAAGACCCUUCAGUACAGUUACCAGAAGUGGUACAGUGUGAAAACCACCAAGAAGGACACAUCUAUUGGCGACUCUGGCAGUGGAUGGGUGUUCAGGAACAGGCUGUAUGGCGUCCAUGUCUUCACUGGAGGCAGUAUUUAUGCACACGUUGCACCAGCUGCUUUCAUGGACGUCUGUGCCUACAAGAAGUGGAUAGAUGACACAAUUAAUUCUUGGUUUCUCAAUGUGUGAAUUGUGGCACCAUCACAAAAUUAUAAAGUUCAAGUCAAUCUUUAAAUUUCAGUUUUCACUUGAUUCAUUUUCUGACUUAUAGCUGUAUUACUCUGGAGUUAAAGUUAUGGUGCACAUGAUAAUCUGUGAUAAUAUCUUAUUUUUCAAUAAGUAAAGCUCCUGUUUACUUAAUAAUUGGUAAUAUCCACUGUCACAUGACUAGGAAAUAAAUAUCUGUUAUCUGA